UGCCCACAGUACCUGUCAAAAUUGUACCGUGUCUGCAGUCUCUGGUCAUCCCCUGUACCAUGUCCGCAUUCUUGUUCAUCCCCUGUACCGUGUCCACAGUCUCUGGUCAUCUCCUGUACAGUGUCCACAGUCUCUGGUCAUCUCCUGUACCGUGUCUGCAGACUCUGGUCAUCUCCUGUACCGUGUCCGCAGUCUCUGAUCAUCUCCUGUACUGUGUCCGCAGUCUCUGGUCAUCUCCUGCACUUUGUACACAGUCUUUGGUCAUCUCCAGU